CUCAGGAUGCAUUUCCGUAGAAGCCACUGUUUGGAUGUGACCAAGUCAAGGCGCAUCGUCAUCGCUCACUCCAGUCCUGCCGUGUCCCUCCGUCCAGAAACGUGGCUUCCGCCUCCCACGCUCGAGAAUGGCUUCGCGUCCCGAGCCGGUGCUGACUCCGGGCCACACCAUAACGGCCAUCGAAACCCCAGAACAGCUCUCCCUGCACCUCCCCUCUUUGAGGAAGCUUCUCCAGUUCCACGUUAAUGAUGAUCCGUCCAUGUCUUCCAUCGGCUUCCGUGCUCCCCUGGCCGAUGACGAGGCCGACAAGUUCUGGCUCGGCAUCUCCGACCGCCUCAGGGACGAAGCGGCUGGUCUGAUCCAACGAUCAUAUUUCCUAUUCGUUCUGACUGCACCAGACAGUACAGAAGUCUUGGCCACAGCUGCGCUUGCCGUCGUCAAUAAGCCUACCCAUGCGCAUCGUGCCGAAAUUGUCAAAGUCCUUGUCCACCCAUCCCAGCAGCGCAAGGGAUUGGGCCAGGCCAUCAUGCAGCAUGUGGAGGACUUCGCCAAGGUCCAGCUGCGGCGCGAGGUUCUUACACUGGACACGGCCACGGAGCUGCCAGCCAUGCAUUUCUACCGCCGCCUGGGUUGGAAAGAGUGGGGCACUUGUCCUGAGUAUGCCGAUUUUGCAGACGGCAGGCGAGGCGAUGCAACAUUCUUUGUCAAGAUCGUGCGCGACCCUUGAGUGGGUAGUCACACCGCACGAAUCAUCUCUCAGAAACUUGCGCUCGUCACUUUGUAGGGUUUGUCCUUCAACCUGACGAUCCAGGCAGAGUCAGAUAUAAACUGAAUGUAACGCUAGCAACACGGCAUGCAAGAAUGGAUCUGGCGAUGGGGGAAACGGGGCAGAGGCAUUUGGAAUAGUGCGAGGCACAGCUAUCGAAUCUAUAGAGUAUGCUGGACA